CUUGCGAGCUGUCGCGCAGUGAGAGUCGGCGCUGUCAUUACUUGCUCUCGCUUUAUGAGCGGAUGCUCGUGACUGUGGACUGUCGCUGUUAGGUUAGGUGAGUUUUAAAAAGGUGACAUCACCACGAGGCAGAAGCAGCCAGUUACAGUUACUCCAAGAUGGAUGUGAAAGAGGAGACGUGUGUAGCUGACAUAAAUACAAUGGAGAUGAGCGCUGGGAGUAUUAAAGAAGAGGACCAUGGAUGGGAGUCUGACCACCCUAAACAGGAGAGUCUGUGCAUUAAGGAUGAGGAUUGUGAACCGGGGUCAGGGAGCAUUAAAGAAGAGGCCGAGGAGACGUCGGUCAGCAUUGAGACGCACACGAGUUCUGAGGUGACGUCUGAGCCAUUACGGUGUGACACCGAGAGGACUGAGGACACAUUAGCUGUUGGAACUGUGCAAGAUCAACCAUCAUCCCCAAGUAGGUCUGGAAAGAGAGACAAAUCUUAUUGCUGUUCUGUAUGUGGCAAACGAUUCCGUCAGAGGAGUAGUUUUUACGAACACAAUAAAAUCCAUACUGGUAAGAAGCCAUAUUGCUGUUCAGAAUGUGGUAAACAGUUUUCACACAAGUGUAACCUUCAGACCCACAAAAGUAUUCACACCGGAGAAAAGCCAUUUGGCUGUUCUGAAUGCGGGAAGCGAUUUUCCAUGAAGAAGGAUCUCGUCGUGCACUCGAGAAUUCACACGGGAGAGAAGCCAUUUUGCUGUUCAGAGUGUGGCAAACCGUUUUCACGCAAGUGUAACCUUCAGACCCACAGAAGCAUUCACACCGGAGAGAAGCCACAUUGCUGUUCAGAAUGUGGCAAGCAGUUUUCCGUAAGAAGCAGCCUUAAGAAGCACCAAGUCAUUCAUACGGGAGAGAAGCCAUACUGCUGUUCAGAAUGUGGCAAACAGUUUUCUCAGAAGUGUAAUCUUCAGACCCACAAAAGCGUUCAUGCUAAAGAAAAGCCAUUUUGCUGUUCUGAAUGUGGCAAGCGAUUUUCAGUGACGAAGGAUCUCUUGUCGCACUCGAGAAUUCACACUGGAGAGAAGCCAUUUUGCUGUUCUGAAUGUGGCAAACGAUUUUCACACAAGUGUAAUCUUCAGACCCACAAGAGCAUUCACAGUGGAGAAAAGCCAUACUGCUGUUCUGAAUGUGGUAAGCAGUUUUCGAAAAAGAGCAAUGUUAGGAGGCACAAAGCCGUAAGCUGUAAGGGUGUCCAUUUUGGAGUCUUCUAGACAUUCAGCGUACUUCUGCCUUGGGCAUUUCCAACACGUCUUUGAUUUUGCAUGAGGAUCUUCAUUUCCAUACAAAAUGAUGGCAGUGCAGGAACUCACCGAGAGCCGUAGAGAGUUGUGCGCCAACAUUCUGAAAACAGUUCGAGAGUUACGAGAUGCCAUCGUCAUGCGACAUCAGCGACGAAGCACAUUUCCAUUUGAAUGGUUGCAUAAAUAAGCACUAGUGGACUAGAACCAACACCAGUGAACUUCAUCAGAGACUCCCGCACAGUGAGCACACGUGUUAGUUUGGUGCGCCAUCACAGUCAUUGUAGGCCCUUAGGGGGGAGCAACGGUCACCGUCACUUCAGAACGUUGCAUUGAAAUGCUGGAGAACUGGAAGAAAUGGAUGUGGUGGAUGUCUGAUGUCAACAGCUUGCACGGCGAUCCAUGCAAGUUUUGUGGGAGAUGUUUCCGGGGAAGCUGAUCUCCCUCCAUGGCGAUGUCAGGUGGCCUGAUCUCGCUGCAUGCGAUUUCUUCUCAAGUCGAAGGUAUACACACAAACCUUGAAGCCCUCAAGGACGGUUUUUACCACGAAAUGGCCGAGCGAGUCAUGAGAGUGUUCAGAAAUCGUCACGAAGAGUGUAUUGUGAAUGAUGGCCACCACCUUGAAGACAUCAUUUUUAAAACACAAUGAAAAAAAAUCUAUUUGGCGUGCACUUUUCUUGUGUCGUGAUGAAACUGAUUUUUUAUCUUGUAGCGUUUUUAUAGAAUAAACAUUUGAAAUGUAGUUCUUUUUGGCUCACCUUGUAUCUUUCCUCCACUGAGAAUUUCCUGACUCGUGGGAUACUCAAGAAAUAGCUUGGGCAGCUGACGAAAACACUCUUCAGAGAAAAUCACCAAACACCCCUUUGCCUACCUUGGAAGUCAUCUACACCCCUUGACGUUGGCGGAAGACAUCCAGCGUCAUGAAGGGCUUGUAUCACUCCGCACACAAACAGAGAUGAAGGUCCAUUAGAGCGCGGACUACAAGACCGGUGAACACUUUCUACCCCAAAGCGAUUACGAUGCCACAUUCUGUAAGAAAAUCACACACCUCGUAGAUCUAAUUGUGAAAUACUGUAUUCAUCUUUAUUGAUUUAUUUUUCUUGUGUGAUAUUUUUAGAUAGAGAGCUUUUUUUUUUUGCAUAUGCUGAAAAUUGUGUAAAGUGUGAGCUGAAUAUGUGAGAAUAUUAGAUAUGGGAUUUUUAAAAGUAAGAGUGUUUGAACAUCGUUUCAAGUACAGGAUUCUCAUUGUAGGUCUUAUGUGACGAUACUUGUGGUCACUGAAAGCCGGCAACGACAGGAGAUGGACACCAAUGUAAAGUAAAAAGCAGUUUCUUUAUUCUUGGUGAGCAGGAGGCCGCAGCAGCUGUCAGCUCAGUUUGCUACAGGCAGCCACCUGUCAGCAGGGAGUUUCCCUCUUUUUAUACCCAACUUGAUUGGCAGUUCAUUUUGAGGUCACAUAGAGUUUGCAAGUAGCUGAAGAUGACACAUUAGAUCAGUACGGUAGUCUUUAAAAAAGAGGAAUUGGCACCUCACCCUCCUUUGACUACGCAAUUCAGCUAUGGCUAGUUUUAUAGAGACAGCACUUUGCAAAACACGUACUUCCCUAUCCUGCACCAUCAGGGUUACAACACUUCAUCGGCUAUGUGGCCGUUACAAUUUAAGAAUCUUAUUUCAGGACCCCGUCUUCGACCAUUCGAUUUUACUGCACAGGCUAGAAAACGAUGUUGGGCUUACAGGCC